UCAGAUCCAGUAAAUAGCAAUGGCCUCCGCUGUAAGGACUGUCCGUCGCCAAGUGCGACCAAUUUUAUCCAUUGAUCAACCUGAAGCACGGUCCAGAGUUCUCAACUUAUACAAAGCGUGGUACCGCCAAAUCCCAUUUAUCGUUCAGGAUUACCAUAUCCCGAAGUCUGUGAUACAGUGCAGGAAGAAACUUCGCGAGGAGUUCUUGAAGAAUGCUCAUGUGCGAGACAUCAGAGCCAUAGAUCUGCUUGUUAUUAAAGGUCAAAUGGAACUGAAGGAAACUGUGGAGAUUUGGAAGCAGAAAGGAACGCUCAUGAACUACUUCAAGGAAACCGAGGAAAAGAAACCCACCGACUUUCUGUCUAAAUUUUUAUCAGGGCACGAUUAGUUUCGAUUGUGCGCGUAGACUUUUCGAGAUAGCCAAAGUUAUAGUUUUUCAAAAUCGAUUCAAUCACAUUAAUGACAAAAAAUCUGUACAAGCAAUGUCUUUUUCCUGUAAGUUAUUAUUGAAAUAAAAUGUACAUAGUAUAUCAUAA